AUGAUGAACACCAAGAUCGCUGGCGCGAUCCUCGCGUUCGCCGCCUCGACCGUCGUGGCCCAGUCAGGCGCUUACCAGCAGUGCGGCGGCAACAACUUCACCGGUGACACCAGCUGCAUCUCGGGCUACGAGUGUGUCGAGCACAACGAGUGGUACUCGCAGUGCUUGGCCAGCACAAGCACUGGCGGCGACUCUAACCCUGCUCCGGCCCCGGCUCCGGCUCCGGCUCCCGAGGAGGACUGCGAGGGGGACGUUGAGGAGGACGUCGAGGAGGACGUCGAGGAGGACGUCGAGGAGGACGUCGAGGAGGAUACCGAGAACACCGAGGAGGACUGCGAGGAGGACGUCGAGGAGGAUACCGAGAACACAGAGGAGGAUGCUGAGGAAGACAUCCCCGAGCCCUCUGUGAUCCCUACCGAGUCCGAGGCGGCGACAUCUGCGCCAGCCGCCACGGCGACCGCGUCCUCUGCUCCCGCGCCCGACUCUGGUGCCAGCAACGAGUGUGGCGCCGCCGCCGUCGACGAGCUCGUCGGCUACGGCGACGGUACAACCGGCGGUGGCUCCGGCGCGGGCACCACCGUGACCUCGUGCUCCGAGCUCGAGUCUGCGCUCGAGGCGGGCGGCGUGAUCAACGUCGAAGGCACCAUCACCGGUUGCGGCUCUCUCCGCGUGUCCAGCGACACGUCCAUCAUCGGUGUGGGCAGCGCUGGGUUUGUCGACACGGGCUUCCGCAUGGUCGACGUGACCAAUGUCAUUGUCCGCAACCUUGAGAUGCACAACCCGCCCGAGGGCGAGGACCUGAUCGACAUUGAGACGUCGACGUACAUCUGGGUCGACCACUGCUCGUUCACCAGCGAGGGCAUCGUGGGCGACAAGGACCGUUUCGACGGCCUGCUCGACAUGAAGCGCGCCUCGGACUUUAUCACCGUCUCCUGGUGCCGCUUUGAGGACCACUGGAAGGCCUCGCUCAUCGGCCACUCUGGCUCCAACGGCGACCAGGACAGCGGCACCCUCCACGUCACCUACCACCACAACUACUGGAACAACAUCAACUCGCGCUGCCCCAGCGUCCGCUUCGGCACCGCCCACAUCUACUCCUCCUGCUACGAGAACAUCCCCGCCUCCGGCGUCAACUCGCGCGAGAACGCCCAGGUGCUGGUCGAGCACUCGGCCUUUAACAGCGUCCGCCGCGCCAUCGUGACCGACCUGGACGCCAACGAACCUGGCUUCGCUGUCGAGCGCGACAACAUCUUCAACGACAGCAACAUUGACAUUACACAGGAGGGCAGCCUCGACGUGCCGUACGAGUACGUCUCCGACCCUGCCGAUUGCAUCUGCGACAUGCUGCGCACGAGUGCCGGUGCCGGUUCAUUGUAA